CAAGACACAUUGAGAGACAUGAACGCAGUACUCAUAUCAAGGCUAUCCCAGUAAACUACCAACCAACACCACCUACAACAACAAAUAAUCAAAUCCCCUCAAAAAGGCCUAUACAAAAAGGACUCCAAAAUCCACAACUCACAGAAAAGAACACAAGUUCCAAACACAGACAACAAGAAGUCCCAGUAAUGGCAGCAGCACAAGAACAGGAACAAGAAAAUGCCCACCAAAAACAAGAACAAGAGAGUUUUGAGAACCUGCUAUCCUCAUAUUUAGGCCUCAGUUUCAUAACUUUUCUUGGGUUUUUACCAAAAAAUUCAGUACCACUAGUCUCAACUCUAAAAUCCCACAAUAAAGAUCUCAGCUUUAAACUAAGGAAAGCAGAGGAACAGCUAAAACAGCUUCAUUCACGUAGAAAGGAAGAUUCCAAGGCCAAUGCAAGAGUUGUGGAGAUCUUUGCGAGCCACAGACAUGCUUGGCAGCAAGAAGAGAAGAGGCUUUUGCAGCAGAUCGAUGAGAGUGCUGAGGAGACAGCCCAUUUGAGAGGUAAAGUUGAAGACUUUGAGAAAUUAGAGGCUGAGUUGAGGGCUAAUAUUGAGGAGCUGAAAAGGGAUGUUAGUGAAAGAGAUGAAAUGUUGAAUUUUAUGAAUAUGAAUAGUUAUAGUGGUGGUGGAGGUGAUGGUGGUGGUCGGGAGUUUUAUGCUGAGAUGGGAUUGAGGUAUGGUGGUGCGAAAGGCGGGGGGCUGUCAGAAGGGGUGGAUUUGGGGGUGGAGGAGUGUUAUUUGGCUAGUGGGAUUCAUGGUAUGGAGGAGAUGGAAAGUCUCUAUGGACAGAAUAAUGGGAUCAAUUCAGAGGUCUUGAGUUCUGCUUCUAAAUUCUGGGCUGAAAGAGGAAGACUUUGGCAGCAGGAUGUGCAAUACGAGUCCAUUGAACCAGUAUACAAUUUGAAGCACUUUGUGGCUAGAAGGGAGUCCCCUUGGAAAGUAGAUGGUGAAUCAACAGGAGUUUCCUCCAAACUAAAGUUUCUUGAGCAGGAGCUACUUAAUCUGGAAAAAAUUGGCAAGACAGAUCUAUCAAAGAUGCCAUCACUACUGAGAAAGCAGGCAAAGAGAUACCAGACCCUUGCUGGGAAGAUUGAUGAUCUGUGCAGGAGAAUGCAAGCUAGUGAUCCAUCUGAACCCACCGCCAGUUCAGAGUUUCGUACACAGAGGCAAACAGAGUUUCUGCUUGAAGCAUUUCGACUCCAGCAGCGUGCAUCCGAAACUUCUCAGAAGCUGAUUGCACUGCAAACAGAGGCGGGAAAGACUUACCAAGGGAAUGAACUUGAAGGUCAAGCCAAAUUAGGAACAAAACGGUCACUUGACUCCAUAAAAAACAACUUCAAAGAAAUUCAGAGAAAUUUAGAGAUAUGGCUGGCCAGAAUUAUUGGGGAUCUUGAAGGAAUUCUGGCAAGAGAUGGUGCAUCUCGUGUAAGGGAAUAUUAUAUCUCUAGAUACCCUUUUGUUCAAUAGCUAUCUGCUGUACCUGGAUUUGUUACUGUCGAUUGAUAACCAUGCAAAUAUAUAUAUAGUUUUUCUUAGCAA